UUUCUCUUCAUCUCCCACCUCUCUCUCUCUCUCUUCUUUCCCUUGUGAUGAGAGAGAAAGAGAAAAGAAGACGACUCAGCUCUCGCGCGAAGUGAACUCUUCUCUCUCUCUCGUUAGGUUUCGUGCGAUCGAAGCUUCCUCCGCGCCCAAACUAAUCGCACGUGAUUAGGGUUUCGCUUCACCGAUUUCUUCCGGGAAAUCCCCCUCUCCUAACACUUUUUCCUAACACUUUCUCCUCGCUUUUGUCGUGUUUUUUUUUUUUGUUUUGUUUUUUGUUUUGUUUUACGGAAUCAUCGAUUGAUCGGGCGAAAUUGGAGAGAGAAUCGGGUUUAAUUUGAGGUUUUCGGGGUUUGGGGUUGGAAUCUGUCGAAAAGGUGCGGUUUUUCGGCUUCUUCGGGUGAAAUUUGGGUUCUUCGAUCGGUUCCGUGCUAGGGUUUGCGGCUUGUGGGGGUUCUACUUUGCGUUGCGUUUGAGGAAACUGUUUCUUCGCGGUAGUUUGUUGCGGGGGAUUGAUAAAGGUUGGAUUUUUAUCCCUAGCUUUGCGUCUUUAGCCUUCCAUUUCAGCGGAGGGGGAAGAGAAAGGGGGCGGAGAAUAAUGAGCUCUGGCUCAACCCUCACCACCUCCACCGCCUCCGCCGCUGCAGCCGAUCCCGCCCUCGGCCGGACGCUUCUGAUCCACAUCGUUGAGAACGGGCACAGCUUUGAGUUCGAGUGCGAUGGCGCCACCGUCGUCGAGGCCAUCCAGCGUUCGAUUGAAUGCCUCUGCGGCGUCCCGGCCGGCGAUCAGCUCCUUCUCUGCCGCAACGUCUCCUUGGACUCUCAGCAAACCCUAGCCUACUAUAAGCUACCCCGCGAUGAUCGGGAGGUCUUCCUCUUCAAUAAGUCCAAACUCCAUUCUGACUCCCCCCGACCGCCCCCUGAAGCCAUAGAUGUCCCCAACCCCGCGCUGCCCUCUCCGCCUCUGCCGGAUGAUUCCCAUGCUUUCGAUAAUGGGAAGGAUCCGGCACUCAAGGCUCUGGUUUCCUACGAGCGGCAGUUCCGCUACCAUUUCCAGCUGGCCAAUUCUGUGUACAACUCUGCCCAGGUUAAAUUCGAGAUCUGCAAGAGGUUGUUAAGGGAGCAGCAGGUGCAGGAAAGGGCGCUCGACACUGCAAGAAGCAACCUUGAUCACACUUUCCGGAAGAUGCAGCAGAGGUACAUAGAUUUCGUCCGGUGUUUCUCGCAGCAGUACCAUAGGCACUCUGAGAUCUUGGCUAAUUUUGAGAGGGAUGUGGAGAAGCUGCGAUUGAUUAAGCUUCACCCUUCUUUGCAAUCUGAUGGGCGGAAGUGUUUGAUGGAUUUGGUGAAGGAGGGCGACGUGCGGAAGUGGGCGGAUGUGUGUUUGAUCUCGCACCAGCAGUUUGAAGUUAAGGUCUCAAAGUUGAAGUCAAACUUUGGGGAACUGAAGAGAAGGGUGGAGAACUUGUUUGGUUUGAUGAGUUCGGCUGAUUCGAAAGAUUUGGAACUGUUAGUAAAGGAGCAUCAGCUUAUUCUUAAUGACCAGAAAACUAUAAUGCAAUCUCUAAGUAAGGAUGUCAACACUGCAAAAAAGCUCGUGGACGAUUCUUUGAACCCUCAGCUUUCCGCCUCCCUUCGCCCUCAUGAUGCAGUCUCAGCCGUCGGCCGUAUUUAUGAUGUUCAUGAAAGAGGCCAUCUCCCCAAAGUGCAAAAUUGUGAUCAUGCAGUGACAAAAUUACUCGAGAAGUGCAAAGGAAAGAAAAAUGAUAUGAAUAUCUUAGUUCAUACCAGUAUGCAAAAGGUGAAAUCAGUUCAGUUUAGUAUCAAAGACACGAUGAACGAGCUUCAUGCAUUCCAAGAGGUAAUGGGACAUCAAGAAAAGGAAUUUGAGAACCUAAAAUUUCUGUGUGGAAUUCGCUAUGCAUACAGGGCUUCCCUGGCUGAAGUAGUGAGAAGAAGGUCUUCAUCAAAAUUGUACAUGGGUUUAGCUGGACAAUUGGCUGAAAGGCUCGCAAUAGCUAGAGAUGCGGAGAUGAGACAACGAGAGGACUUCUUAAAGGCAUGGGGUAAGUACAUUCCACAUGAUAUAUUUGCAUCGAUGGGAUUGUUUGAUUCUCCAAGCCAGUGCAAUGUUAAUAUUGCGCCCUUUGAUGGAAAUUUAUUGCAAAUCGAUUUAGUCGAUGUCGACCGCUUUGCCCCGCAGUCUCUCAUUGGCUUGCUUUCCAAAUCGAGUAAUAUGAUGCAAUCAGAGGAAAGUUCUUCUCAUACCGGCGAAAAGAGCGAACUUUUAGAAACUUUCGGUGUUUGUGAAAGUGUGGAUAUUGCAGGAACAAGCAAAAUGGAAGUCGAAAAUGCGAGAUUAAAAGCUGAACUUGCUUCAGCAAUAGCAGUAAUUUGUAGUUUUGGUGCGGAUAUGGGAUGCGAUUCUUUAGAUGAAGGCCAAAUCAAUGAUGCAUUGAAAACAAUGAAGGAAAAGACUGCAGAAGCUCUUCAAUUGAAAGAUGAGUUCGCCAAUCACCUUCAGUCAAUGUUAAAUAAGAAACAGGAGCAGUGUUUGUCGUACGAGAAGCGUAUUCAGGAGCUUGAGCAGAGUUUGCAAGGGCAAAAGGGUUCAGCCAGUAAAGAUGCAGCUGAUUCGUUCAUGUCAGCUUUGAAGGCUAAUAAUAGUGAUUGUAACUUAAACAUAUUUGGAGAUGGGGAUGCUCAAUUGACUUAUGGGUCCGCUAUGCCUUUGGAUGAGCUUUCUUCUACAUCUGCAACAAUGGAUCAAAUAUUUGAUAAGAUUUCUCGUCAAACAAGCAAGCAUGGAGAAGGUGGUGAUGAAAACAUGGCAGAUCUUUCAGCUACUCAUUCACUGGAUUCAACACGCAAUUCUAUGGAUUCUUCGAUGUUGGAACCACCCAAUCCUCAACAAAUGACAGUAAAAGAUAGCUCUUCUAAUGUUUGCCCAAAGGAUCCUUCGAACAUUUUACCUUGUGGAACUAGUGAUCAAUCGGAAUCGGAUUUAAGAGAAAGGGAGUCUCUCAUAUUGAACCUGCAAGGUUCCCUAGAAGAAAAGUCAAACCUUUUGGAAGUAACUGAGAGUAAGCUUAAAGCUGUUAUGGAGGAGAUUAAUUCUCUUAGGCGAGAAUUGGAGACCAACCGAAAUCUUCUUGAUGAAUCACAGAUGAAUUGUGCACACCUGGAGAAUUGUCUACACGAAGCAAGAGAAGAAGCUAGGACAAACAAAUGUGCAGCUGACAGAAGGGCAACAGAAUAUGAUGCUUUGCGCUCAUCUUCCUUAAAACUGCGCAGUCUAUUUGAAAGGCUUCGUAGCUGUGUCACAACUUCUGGUGUGCCUGGUAUUGCGGACGCGCUGCGUUCUUUUGCUCUUUCUUUAGCCAGUUCGGCAAAGAAUAAUGAAGGUGAUGCAACAAUCGAGUUCCAACAGUGUAUCAAGAUCCUCGCGGAAAAAGUAGGUAUCCUUUCCCAGCAGAGCGCAGAGCUUUUGGACCGUUGUUCUAGGAUGGAUGCUGGACAUGGACGCCUUGUGAGAGAACUGGAGGAGAAGAAAGAGUUGAUGAAAAGUUUAUACUCAAAACAUCAGUUAGAGAAGCAGGCGAGCAAGGAGAAGAUAUCAUUCGCCCGCUUUGAAGUCCACGAGCUUGCGGCCUUCGUUCGAAACUCUGCUGGCCACUAUGAGGCAAUCAAUCGAAACUGCUCAAACUACUACCUCUCCGAGGAAUCCGUCGCCCUGUUCACUGAGCAGCACCUGACACAACCGCUAUACAUAAUCGGGCAAAUCGUGCACAUCGAGCGAGUUGCAAGGACUUUGAUAUCCAUGCAAGCUGAUCGUGGCAAUCAGAGUGAUGCAUCAAGUUCCGAGGGCGGUGGCCGGAGGUCUUCUGUGAUGGGGGGUGUCUCAUCAAACCCAUAUAAUCUUCCUGUUGGCUGUGAAUAUUUUAUAGUAACAGUGGCAAUGCUACCUGAUUCCAUUCAUUCAAAACCUUCCUGAUCCUAACUGCGAAAUGAAGGGAGAGUUCUCAACUGUAAAUAUAUGAACAAUUGACUUUGGUGGUGAGGUUAUCUUGUACAUACAAUCAAUCAGAGUCAGCUUUACUUUUUGUAUAUAUAAACAAACUUCUGUUGUAACUAGACAAUAUAUUUAAAGUCCCCUAAUAACUGUUUGUGGGCAAAAUGUUCUCUUAGGUAA